AAGCCAGGCCACUCUCGCGAGGCCAGGUGGAGCAGAGCCGGGAGGCCCGGUGCAGCGUGGAGGUCGUUGGAGUCACUGUCCUACCGCUAGCUCCUUCGCCGACCAGUCCGCGCCGCGCCCGUCUCAGCCAUGCUCUCCGCCCUCGCCCGGCCUGCCAGCGCCGCUCUCCGCCGCAGCUUCAGCACCUCGGCCCAGAACAAUGCUAAAGUAGCCGUGCUGGGGGCUUCCGGAGGAAUCGGGCAGCCGCUUUCACUUCUCCUGAAGAACAGCCCCUUGGUGAGCCGCCUGACCCUCUACGAUAUUGCUCAUACACCCGGAGUGGCCGCCGAUCUGAGCCACAUAGAGACCAGAGCGACAGUAAAAGGUUACCUCGGACCUGAGCAGCUGCCAGACUGCCUGAAGGGCUGCGACGUGGUGGUGAUUCCAGCGGGAGUCCCAAGAAAACCAGGCAUGACCCGGGAUGACCUGUUCAACACCAACGCCACGAUUGUGGCCACCCUGACUGCUGCCUGUGCCCAGCACUGCCCCGAGGCCAUGAUCUGCAUCAUUGCAAACCCGGUUAACUCCACCAUCCCAAUCACAGCAGAAGUUUUCAAGAAACACGGAGUAUACAACCCCAAUAAAAUAUUUGGGGUGACAACCCUGGACAUUGUCCGAGCCAACGCUUUUGUUGCAGAACUGAAGGGUUUGGACCCGGCUCGCGUCAGCGUUCCUGUCAUUGGCGGCCAUGCUGGGAAGACCAUCAUCCCCCUGGUCUCUCAGUGCACCCCCAAGGUGGACUUCCCCCAGGACCAGCUGACCACCCUCAUCGGGCGGAUCCAGGAGGCCGGCACGGAGGUGGUCAAGGCUAAGGCCGGAGCAGGCUCUGCCACCCUAUCCAUGGCGUAUGCUGGAGCCCGGUUUGUCUUCUCCCUCGUGGAUGCGAUGAACGGAAAGGAAGGAGUUGUCGAAUGUUCCUUCGUUAAGUCCCAAGAAACGGACUGUCCGUACUUCUCCACACCAUUGCUGCUGGGGAAAAAGGGCAUCGAGAAGAAUCUAGGCAUUGGCAAAAUCUCCCCUUUCGAAGAGAAGAUGAUCGCCGAGGCCAUUCCUGAGCUGAAAGCCUCCAUCAAGAAAGGAGAGGAGUUUGUAAAGAACAUGAAGUGAGAAGGCGGUUAACGAGCAGGCCGUCUCCGUAACUUAUUAAGGCAUCGUGCCGCUGUAAAGCCACUUCAGACACCGUGGUCUUCUCAGUUUGCUUUGAUGAUGAGCGUUGUAUUAGCGAACUACCCCUUCCAAAUCUCGGGUCAGUCUGUCGGUGCAUCAAUAAAAGCAGGCUUUGAUUUUCUUUUCCAAGGUCUCCAAUUAAAUACUGUGCUUUCAGAGCCCCAUUGGAGCUGAC